AUGGAGAUGUCCUGGCGGCUGAUAGAAGAUCAUGAACAUAUUCAUUAUGGAUUUAUUGGUAAGGAUAGCAAGACUCUGGGUUCAAGUGAUCGGACUUCUAUUCGUGGACUCCACCCUGGAUUAUUGGGUCAAGACAGUGCACCACAAAAUGAAUUGAUGGUGAAGAAAGAAUAUACUCACAAUAUUUCAAGUAAACAUAGAAUCUCCAUGGUGAAGCUCGUGGCACUAGCAAUCCUCCUCCUCUUCUCAAUCACCGAGAUCUCUCUCGCCUCCGCUAAGAAACCGAUGGUCACUGCCGCUCGAAGAGAAGACAUCCUUUUUAUACGAUGCCAGGUCUGCCACAAGAUCGCAGAGCAGAUUUACAAUCAAGUUGAGAAGAAACAAGCUCAGAUAUCACCUAAAAGGUUAACUUUUUGUUGUUUGGUUUCGGUUUCGGAGUACCAGAUUAUUGAGAUUGCAGAGAAUGUUUGUAAUUUGAAGAAGGAAGAGACGGAUUGGAUUCUGCAUAUUGAUAUUGUUGAGAAAGAGGACAAAUUGGAGCUUAUUGAACAAGGUACUGAAGGGCUAUGCAACUCAGAGUGUAAGACUCAUAUCGAGCACGCAUGUCAAGAGAUUAUCGGAUACUCGGAUACAGAUGUUGUUGAAUUUGUAUAUAAACACCGUCCUUCUGUUGAUAAAUUGGCGAAUGUCCUGUGUAAAGACCUUUCUGAUGCAUGCUCCAAAAGCCCACCACCUGUUCCUAAGGCUAUACUUAUUCUUCACGUUCCCAUACAACUUAGGAAUUUCAAGAUCCGAGAUCCCCCUCUUCUUGCUAAAAAAUCAGACAAGGGUAUCAACCUUCUGGCUUCUCUAUGUAACAUAUAUCAGACAUCAGAAGACGAGGUCAAAAGCACAAUGGAAAAAGUUAACAAUAUAAUUGUGAAUAUUUUAAAGAAGGAGCCUUGUCCAGCUUCAGAGUGCAAGUCGGAAAAUCUGGAAUUCAUCAUAGCAGCAUCCAGUGCAAAGGGUUCUAAGGUGAAGGAUGCAGCAAUAGCUAAAGCAUUAAGUUAUGCAGAUAUCCCCAACUCCCAAAUAAGAAAAGUCACUUCUUCACGCUUAUUGCUCUCUAAACAGACUCUUCCUCAUUACUAUUUAACUGUGGACACUCGGGUAGACAAACUUAUGGAGUUAAGAAGCCAACUUAAUUCUUUACAAGAAGCCUCUAGUGGGAAAAGGAUUUCCAUAAAUGACCUUGUGAUAAAGAAGUUGGAGAUGGAUGGUGAAGGUGGGAAGAAGAAGCCAGAGACGUGACGAAGGAAAGACUUGCAACGUUGAUAA